AGAGCCAUCUAUUUGCCGUAGAAUCCAAACCAGAAAUGACUAAACUAUUCCUCCGUCACUCCAAAACUGCAUUAACCGCAAUAACUGCCACUCGCUCCCUUCUCCUCCCGCAAAACCAACUCUUCUCCUCCUCAUCAUCAUCAUCUGCAGCACACCUCCAUCGUCAACCAAACCUCAAACCAGACGAACGACAAGCUUCACCUAAAUCCCCAAUUGGGUCACCAUGUCGAGUCCAAAAACUCAUCGCAUCCCAAUCAGAUCCUCUCCUGGCCAAAGAAAUUUUCGACUACGCCUCACGAUUCCCCAAUUUCCAACACUCUUACUCCUCCUAUCUCAUCCUCAUCCUCAAACUAGGCCGAGCCAAGUACUUUUCUCUCAUAGACAACCUACUCCUCGACCUAAAAUCCAAACAUUACCCAGUAACCUCAACUCUAUUCUCCUACUUAAUCAAAACCUACGGAGAAGCUAAUCUGCCCGAGAAAGUUCUCAAAACGUUCUACACUAUGCUCCAUUUUAACUUCAAGCCUUUGCCCAAACACCUCAACCUCAUUCUUGAAUUUCUUGUUUCCAACAAAAACUAUGUAAAACCCGCUUUCGAUCUGUUCAGCAAUGCGCAUAGAUACGGGGUGGAACCUGAUAAGAAAUCUUACAACAUUUUGAUGCGUGUGUUUUGUCUUCGGGGGGAACUUAGUAUUGCAUACAAGCUGUUCAAUCAAAUGUUUAAGAGAGAUGUUUUACCCGAUAUUGAAUCGUAUAGAAUCUUGAUGCAGGGUUUGUGUAGGAAAAGUCAGGUGAAUGGGGCGGUUGAUUUAUUGGAAGAUAUGUUGAAUAAAGGCUAUGUUCCUGAUACGUUGACGUAUACGACGUUGUUGAACAGUUUGUGCAGAAAAAAGAAGCUUAGAGAGGCGUAUAAGCUUCUUUGUAGAAUGAAGGUUAAAGGGUGUAAUCCUGAUAUUGUUCAUUUUAAUACGGUCAUACUCGGGUUUUGUAGAGAAGGUCGAGCUAUGGAUGCUUGUAAGGUUCUUGAAGAUAUGAAUGCUAACGGGUGCUUGCCUAAUUUGGUGUCGUAUAGGACUUUGGUUGGUGGGUUAUGUGAUCAAGGGAUGCUUGAUGAGGCUAAGAGUUAUUUGGUGGAAAUGAUGUCGAAGGGAUUUUCUCCGCAUUUUUCUGUUUCUCAUGCUUUGGGAAAGGGGUUUUGUAAUGUUGGCAAGGUUGAAGAAGCCUAUGAAGUGGUUGAGCAAUUGCUGAAGCACGGAGAAGCUCCUCAUGUCGAUACUUGGAUGAUUAUGGUACCUAGGAUAUGUGAAGUAGAUGACUUGGGGAGGAUAUAUGAAGUUAUAGAUAAAAUUAUGAAGAUUGAAAUACGGGGUGAUACAAAAAUUGUGGAUGCCGGUAUUAAGAACCAGUUAACUCGAACAAAAAUGCCAUCAAUAUCAACACCAAACGGAUCAUUACACACCAGAUCUCAAGAAGAAGAUGACUCAUCAUCACCACCAGCAGCAGCAUCAGUAUCGUCGCCAAAAACACUCUCCUCCUCCAUAAAAUUCGGCACACCGGAAGCCCUAGAUCACGUACGUAAUCUCACCGACGUCGGAGCAAUGACGCGUUUGCUCCACGAAUGCAUCGCUUAUCAACGCGCUCUCGAUCUUAACCUCGACAAUCUACUCGCGCAACGCGCGGAUCUCGACAAAAACCUAACUCAGUUACAAAAAUCUGCUGAAGUACUCGACAUUGUGAAAUCAGACUCCGAUCACAUGCUUAAUAACGUCCGUUCCACGUGUGACUUAGCUGACCACGUCAGCGCCAAGGUUCGUGAGCUUGACCUAGCGCAAUCUAGGGUUAAUGUGGCGCUGUCACGAAUUGAUGCGAUUGUUGAGCGCGGGAAUUGUAUUGACGGAGUUAAAAAUGCGCUCGAAUCGGAGGAUUAUGAGGCGGCUGCCAAUUAUGUGCAGACGUUUUUGCAAAUUGAUGCUAAGUAUAAGGAUUCUGGAUCUGAUCAGAGGCAGCAGUUGCUUGAUUCGAAGAAACAUCUCGAAGGAAUUGUGCGGAGGCGGCUUUCGGCUGCUGUGGAUCAGCGUGAUCAUCAGACGAUUUUGCGGUUUAUUCGGUUGUUUCCGCCUCUAGGAUUGGAGGAGGAAGGGUUACAAGUUUAUGUAGGUUAUUUAAAGAAGGUGAUUUCUAUGAGAUCUAGACUUGAAUUUGAGCAAUUGGUGGAGUUAAUGGAUCAAAUUAAUAAUAAUAAUGUUAAUCAUAUUAGUAAUAGCCGGGUUAAUUUUGUUAUGUGUUUGACUAACUUGUUUAAGGAUAUUGUUUUGGCUAUUGAGGAAAAUGAUGGAAUUUUGAGGAGUCUUUGUGGUGAAGAUGCAAUUGUUUAUGCGAUUUGUGAGUUGCAAGAGGAGUGUGAUUCUAGAGGUUCUUUGAUAUUGAAGAAGUAUAUGGAGUAUAGGAAAUUGGCUAUGUUAUCAUCGGAAAUUAAUGCGCAAAGCAAGAAUUUGCUGAAUGUUGGGGCGCCUGAAGGGCCGGAUCCAAGAGAGGUUGAGUUGUAUUUGGAAGAGAUAUUGUCAUUGAUGCAAUUAGGUGAGGAUUAUACGGAAUUUAUGGUGUCAAAGAUCAAAGGGUUGACUUCUGUUGAUCCUGAAUUAGUUCCGAGAGCCACCAAAUCGUUUAGGAGUGGGAGUUUUAGUAAAGUAGUGCAGGAGAUUAUUGGGUUCUAUGUGAUUUUGGAGAGAUUCUUCAUGGUUGAAAACAUAAAGAAAGCCAUUGCGAUAAAUGAGCCCGUGCCUGAUAGCCUUACCACCUCUAUGAUAGACGAUGUGUUCUUUGUGCUGCAGAGUUGCUCGAGAAGGGCGCUAUCCACAUCUAAUAUUAGCUCUGUCAUUGCUGUCUUGAGUGGUGCUAGUGCUGUGCUGAGUAAUGAUUUUUUUGUGGCUUUGCAAGAGAAAAUGAGAGAACUGAACCCUGGUGCUAAGCUGUUUGUGGCUGGUGUUGGUGUGCAGAGGAGCGGGACAGAGAUUGCAACUGCAUUAAAUAAUAUUGAUGUGAGCAGUGAGUAUGUGCUGAAGCUAAAACAUGAGAUUGAAGAGCAAUGCGCAGAGGUAUUCCCAGCACCAGCAGACAGAGAAAAGGUGAAAUCUUGUUUGUCAGAAUUGGGCGAUAUGAGCAACACCUUCAAGCAAGCCCUAAAUGCCGGCAUGGAGCAACUUGUAGCCACUGUAACACAACGCAUCCGUCAAGUAUUAGAUAGCGUGACAACGAUUAGUUACGAGUUAUCCGAGACGGAGUAUGCAGAUAAUGAGGUGAACGACCCUUGGGUCCAAAGGCUCCUCCAUGCUGUCGAGACAAAUGUUUCAUGGUUGCAGCCAGUAAUGACGGGAAACAACUACGAUUCCUUUGUACAUUUGGUCAUUGACUACCUCGUGAAGAGGCUUGAAGUUAUAAUGAUGCAGAAAAGAUUUAAUCAACUCGGAGGCCUUCAACUCGAUAGAGAUAUAAGGGCUCUGGUAAGUCAUUUCUCUGGCAUGACUCAGAGGACUGUUAGGGAUAAGUUUGCUCGACUAACCCAAAUGGCAACCAUACUCAACUUGGAAAAGGUGUCCGAAAUUCUAGAUUUCUGGGGUGAAAACUCAGGACCCAUGACGUGGAGGUUAACCCCUGCCGAAGUUAGGCGGGUGUUGGGUCUCAGAAUUGAAUUUAAGCCUGAAGCAAUUUCCGCUCUAAAGUUGUAAUUUUCCAAAUCGUAUUUAUUUUCUCUGCUUACCCACCAGCGUCGAGUAUCAAAGCCGAAGCAUAUAGCUAUCAUUUUGUCCUUUAGAGCCCCUGCCAUGACAUUGUUAUCAGAUUCUUUCAUUGCUUUCUUAUUGGCAUUAUUAUCUUUACCCGAAAAUUGAAACACACUGCAAUCAGAUUCUCAGGUAUGUCCCGUGUCAUGUCUUGUUGAGCUUGUUUGUAGUUGAACCUUGAGAAGUAUACCAUUAGGAAUUUUGUUUGUACAAAUUUUACAGAACUUUUCAGUAUAAUACCAUAAAUUGUUGUACUUGGGACGAUGGACCAUCUGUUAUUUCGUUACUGUACUUCUCAGAGUCAAAAAAAUUUAUCAUGUAAUUGUAUUUUCACGCAAUACUUUCAUGAAACAGUUAAAGUUGGACUUCUGACUUAUUUCCAACAA